CUCAGAGCCCCUGGGGUGCUCGGGCCCUGCAAGGGGACACUGAGCUCUUCUCUGGGAACUGGUGACCACUGGGAGUCCCUGCCCGCGGCUGGCAGUGUCCCACUUGCAGGGGCAGGGAAGCAAGUGGUGGUUUCUCAGGACCAAGGGUUUAUGUGCUGGGACGGGGGAGCAUGAGAAGCUCCCACCACCUUCCCCCAGCCCUGCACGGCCUGGGCUGCCGUGCACCAGGGCCAAGCACCAUGAGGGAGGGCAGGGGGCCGCCUGCCUGCACCCCACCUCUGCCUGUGCUGUUCCAGGUGAAGCUGGCAGGCUGUCCCUCAGCGCAGGCGGCUGGCACCCGGGGUCCCCGGCCAGCACCGGCAGGGACACAGGCAAUGACGUCUUCGGCUGUGCUGCCAUCCCGGAGCUGCCCGUCUCCCCGGCCUCGCACCGCGCCCGACCUUCGCUCGUUCGCAGAGUGAAAAGCACAGGCCGCGGCGGCGGCGGGAUCUGGGCAAGGAGCGCGGAGCCCCCGAGCGCACCCUGACGUGGUCGGCCAUGGAGCAGAUGCGGUUCCUGCGGCAGGAGCUGCCCGAGGAAUGGCCGCUGGAGCGCCUAGCCCGGGGCUUCGGUGUCAGCCCCGACGUGGUGCGGCGGGUGCUGCGGAGCCGGGGCUGCCCCCCGCCGCACCGCCGCCUGCGGCAGGACCGGAAGGCACUGAACGCCGCCCCGGGAUCGGCACCGGGCCCGGAAACCGGCCACGAGGUGCGCGCCCCCGACGGCACGCUGCUGUACCGGGUGCCGUGGGGCGGGCCGGGGCCCGGCGGGCUGUGAGCGGCCGCGGGGGCCCCGCCUCCCCCCGCGCCCGUUCCACCGCCCCGGCCAUGGACUCCGACGCGGCGCGGCUGCUGGACGCGGCGGAAUUUGCGGCCCAGAAGCACCGAGAGCAGCGGCGGAAGGACCCCGAGGGCACCCCCUUCAUCAACCACCCCAUCGCCGUCGCUCGGAUCCUGGCCUGCGAGGCCGGCGUGACCGACAUCGAGCUGCUGCAGGCCGCUCUGCUGCACGACACGGUGGAGGACACGGACACCACGUUCGCGGAGCUGGAGGCGCGGUUCGGCAGCGCCGUGACGGGCCUGGUGCGGGAGGUGACAGACGAUAAGGAGCUGCCGCGGGCCGAGCGCAAGCGGCUGCAGGUGGAGCGGGCGCCGGGCCGCAGCCCCCGCGCUAAGCUGCUGCAGCUGGCCGACAAGCUGCACAACCUGCGGGACAUCGCCCGCUGCCCCCCGGCAGGGUGGUCGCCGGAGCGCGUGCAGGAGUACUUCCGGUGGGCGGCGCAGGUGGUGUCCGGGCUGCGCGGGACGAGCCCCGCGCUGGAGGCGGCGCUGGAGCGGCUCUGGGGGGAGCGCGGGGCGGGGCCGGCGCUGGAGCCGGCACCGGGACCGGCACCGGGCACCGGGGGCCGUGCGGGGCGCGACAGCCAAUAAACGUGCGCAGAGCUGA